UGCGUGUGCAGGCAGCGCAGCCUGUGCGUUUGAACGCGUCGAGCUCCGGAGGGGAUCAUUUCCAUGGACCAUCUGUCUCGCUGUGGCCGCCCGCACAACAAAGAAGGACCCAGGAUGGUGUUAGUACAUGUUGGAUAUCUGGUUCUCCCCGUCUUCGGCUCAGUUAGAAAUAGAGGAGCACACUUCACCAGGCAUCACAAUAGCCAUGCUACCUCCUGCCGACACUUUCACCUGGGCGCUCCCCAGGCGCCCAUCUCAGCCGAGUUCCCUCUGGGACACAGCAGCCAGCCCCCUCAGACGGGCCUGGCCACCCACCUGCCCCCGGCGCACCAUCCGCCCCUCACUGCCCUGCCCACACCCCCCCAGUUCCAGGAUGUGCCGGGGCCUCCAUUCCUACCUCAGGCCUUACACCAGCAAUACCUCAUCCAGCAGCAGCUUCUUGAAGCGCAGCACCGCAGGAUCCUCCCGCACUCCAGAAGAACCCAGGAGCGUAUUCCCCUGAACCCCCACCGACUGCGUUCAGGCUACGAGUACUCCCCUCCCCUUCAUGUUCCACAGCCAAUGACACAACAGCCUCGGUACCUGGCCGAAGGCACUGACUGGGACCUGAGUGUGGACGCCGGCCUCCCUCACCACCAGUACCAGCUCCAGCAGCUCCCUCAGCACUAUCAGCAUUACCUGGCCUCCCCUCGCAUGCACCACUUCCCCAGGAACACAUCCUCUGCACAAGUGGUUGUGCAUGAAAUCAGAAACUACCCGUACCCCCAGCUGCACCUGUUGGCCCUGCAAAGUCUGAACCCUUCGAGGCACGCCACUGCUGUGCGAGAGAGUUACGAGGAGCUGUUACAGCUGGAAGACCGGCUGGGGAGUGUGAGUAGAGGAGCUGUUCAGACGACCAUCGAGAGAUUCACCUUUCCACACAAAUACAAGAAGAGAAAGCCACUGCAUCUGAAGAUUGGGGAGGAGGAGGAAACAGAUGUGGAUGAGAAGUGUACCAUCUGUUUAUCUAUGCUGGAGGAUGGAGAGGACGUCAGGAGACUGCCCUGCAUGCACCUCUUCCACCAGGGCUGCGUGGACCAAUGGCUGGCCACCAGCAGGAAGUGUCCAAUCUGCCGCGUUGACAUCGAAACACAGCUGAACCCCGACAGCUGAUGAGAUUGAAACCACACACACACCCCUCCACACACUUGUCAAUCACCCUUGUGUGGUUCCACGCUUUCUUCCACCCCGCCCCCCCAACUGUCGGGUGCUUUGCCAAAUGUCUCCAGACGUCAUGUGACAUCAUCACCCUCCUUCUGACUCAUGCUUUACUGAGCCAAGCCAGGAUAACUAACUGCACGAGAGGCCGCGACAGAGUCUCUUUUAUAUAGAAGCACAUCCCUCUGGAAGCAAAAGACAUGCAAACACACAACCACACACAACCACACACACACACAGUCAUGUACACAGGGUUUACUUGUAGCUUGCUGCUCGUCAGUUGGGUGUUGUUGCUGUUGUAGUGUUGUACUGUAGGUAGCCCCGGGGCUGUGUAGCAUGUCCUUAAAGCCAUGACUUAAUGUCCCGAGAGUGGAAACAUAACCCCACAGUGAGCUGGCUACUUUCUCCCUCUCUCAUAUAUAUAUAAAUACGCACACAUUUAUAUAUAUAUAUAUAUAUUUCUCUCUUUUCACACACACUUCAACAUGAAUAUUCUGCCACACAAGAAAGCUUACCAGAAACUAAAUGCUCUGAUGCCAUGUUUACCUAAAGAUCAUUUGUGGUCGUAGUAGAGUAGCAGUAACCAACAAGUGAUAUCUGGUGCACAGACGAGCGCCAGCCUAGCUGAGUGUUUUACUUCUAUCAUGCAGCUUUGACAUUUUUGCAAUACAGUUGUACAUUUAUGUUGGGUCGGUGUCAUGUGAGAUGGUGUCGUGUGAGUAGGUCUCUCUGUCACUGCCGCAUAAAACCCAGACCGGUGACUUGAGUCGUUGUGUGUUUUUAACAUAAAAAAAAGAAAAAAAUAGGUAGAAAGUAUUUUACCAAAAUGAAUUUUUGUUUUCACAGUGUAGCUUCAACCUGACGACACGUCUGUGCUCGGCCCUGCUGUGAGUGUGUGGAUGUGGCUAACUAAAAGUGUGGGUGUUGGAAAAGUGCAAAUGUGAGUGUGUGAGUUUGAGGGUUUCAGGCAACAGGUGGACUCACUGUGGGUUAAUGGCCACUGGAGUGCUUAUACAACACAAAGCCAAAAAAAUAACAGGGGGAUGAAUAAAGGAAGGUAUCGUGCACUGCAGAGCGAGGUGGGAGGAAGAUUUAGCCGCUUUUGUACCUGCACCUUCAUCUUGGCGCCGGGCCAGUGGCAGAACGUCGUGAGCUAAAAAUGCAUGUUUCAUCGUUGAGUAGGGCUUUGAGCUUUGCAAGUGUUACUUCAAUUUAAAAAACGGUGCAGUGACGGCUGUGCAUGACUUAGUGAUUACUCCUCGACACUAAUGAAGAAACAAAAAACGAGCACGGCCUCAGAUCCCCUGACUUGUAGCGCGCGUGCAUCUCGUCCCCCUUUGGCGGCAAAACAUCGGGAUCCUUUUUUUUUUUUUUUUUCUAUGUGAACCUUUCGGCCUAAAGAACAAGCACAUGUGACAGUAGUUACAGUGACAAGCAGUUCUUUUCCUCUGUAUUGCAUUUGGUUCAUAUUUAGGUAUAGAUUCAUGCAGUGUUUUCAGCAGAGAGAGGAGCUUGUGUAUUGAUCUUGUGUAUUUGUGUGACAGACCUCCCCUCGUGGUUGCUAUGCUGGUUGCUAUGCUGUAUUGCUAGAACAUGUAGAACGUGGUGUGACGGAGGCAGCCUCCCUCUCACAGUGCACACAGACAUGAGACGACACGACAGCAGGGAAACGUUCAGGCUGUUCGAUCCAGUCUCACCUGCUUUCACUUCGUUUCACAGAUCCCUGCGUGUUAAUUGCUGCUUUUAGGACCCUCGCCGUCCUAUGCACUGUGAUAAUUAAGAAUAGGACUUGGCCCAGAGUCUCUUUCAGGCCAAGGACCAAUCAAAACAGGAUCCACUUCUCCCUGUCUUGUGCACUGCCAGUGUCGACACUGCCUCCUCCUGUAGUGGAGUCAUCCGUGAUGAAGUUUUCAUAGUUUACACAGGGUGUUGUCAGUUGAGAUGCCUUAAGUAUUUAACAAUCAUAAUUUAUUACUAACUGUAGAUAUUGUGGGUAUGUAUUUAAUUUUGUAUAGUUUUUUUUUCUGGGGGGGGCGACUGAAUCAUAAUUUAUUUAUUUAGAAAUAACACAAAAAUGCUAUGAAAAAAAACAAUUACCUCAUUUUUGCAUUGUUUUAAAUAGGAAUGCUUUGCAUGCAGUUGUACUUUUUGGAACACUGAAACAAAAACAAAAAAAACGAUUCACCCUGCUGUUUGACCUCCACAAGCUGGCUGUGCGAUGUUUACUGUCCCAGGCUGAGCUACUGAGCCCGCUCUCCCUCUCUCUCUCUUUCUCUCUGUCUCUCACUCUGUCUCUAUCUCUGUCUCUCUCUCUUUCUCUCUCAUGUGGUGCUGUGGAUCUUGGUUACAUUCCAUUCAAUGCAAUUUCUCAGAUCCCCCAUGCUGUGAUGUAGUGGACAAACUGCAAUGAAGUGAAUUGGUUUUAGUUUGUGACUUCUCUUUUCUUUUCUUUUGCACUCACUUGUUUAAAUAUGGGAACCCUCUCACUGGCAAAAAGGUAGUUUAGAUAAUUUAAUAUUAUCACUAAGAACUCUGGCGUUUGUUUCUUUUCUUAUUUUAAUGCUCUGCUUCUCACAAUGCACUAUGGGUCUUAAUGAUGAUCAUCUGUGAAGCAUGUUCCUUCGCUUUAACUCUUUUGUGUCGCUCUCUUUUCAUUUGAAUUUCUCUGGUGUUUCUCUUCAGUUCGUUUUUCCAGAAUAGUUUGUAGACUUACGCAUAACAAGUGCCUCGCUCUAAGUGUUAGGAGAUAUUUCCAUACGACUGAAACCAUUAACAAUCAAUCCACGAAGCCACCAUGCCUUAUUGGUCGCACGGUUAAUUGAAAGAAUGGGUCACGAAAGAGCUACGACAACAUUUGACAGGUGUCUACAAAAGCCAUUUUCCUCAAAAACUUCCAGUCAAAGUGUCCAAAAUAGCUGCGGGGAAAUAGUUUUAAAGAGGCAUCUUUCACUGUGGGCUUUACAAAUACUCCACUCAUCUUUCGUUUCCUUCAUUUCUCCAUUCUCUUUUAUCUUCUAUCUCCUAUUCUCUCCAUUUCCUAUUUUUAUUUCACCGUCCAUCCCUCCUCUCUGGAUCUAUCCUCUGUUUCCUUUCACAGUCUAAAAAGGAAGGCAAGGAUUUUAAAGCACAACCUUUUUCUAAAAAUGCAUGUUUUCUCAGGUUUCAAUAUAGUCUCAAUGGUUUAAUAGUAUAUGGUGAAAAUAUAUACAAAGAAUAUAACAGAAAAAAAAACUAUUAAUUUUGUUGCUGCUUGAAUCUGAAAAACAAAACUGAAGAGAAAAAUCCCAAAAAGUGCCAGUGAAAGGGCUGCCGCCAUCCUUGUAUGAAAAUCUGCUGUUUAGCUGUGACUGCGCAAUGUUUUUCAAUAUAGGAUAUUUUAUCUGAAAAUAGAACUAUUUAUCAUUAAUAUUAAAGCAAUAGCGCAUUAAUGGUGAUGAGUGUGUUAAUGAAGAAAUGGAUGAGCAUAUUAUGGGUAAAUGUUAGAUUCACAUUUGGUGGAAUUUUGUACUUUAUUUAUUAUUACUAAUAAUAAUAACGGUGAUGAUUUCAAAAGUUGCAUUGCUAAACCCAAACUGCUCUGUUUUUUUAAUUUGAAUUUUAUUUCAUGGCUUGUAUAUUAUCCUUUUGUAUGUGCUCUUUUUGUAAUAAAUUGGA